UGGACGCGCUUGCUCGUGCGCGAGGCGGAAUGAACGCGGCUGUCGAAGAUGGCGGCGGACGGAGGUGGGAAGGAGACGAACGAGAUUAAAACUCAAUUCAGCACACGGGAGGGCGUCUACAAACUCCUGCCGAACUCCGAGUACAGUCGACCCAACCGCGUGCCCUUCAACUCGCAGGGCUCGAACCCCGUGAAAGUGUCGUUCGUGAACGUGAACGAUCAGUCCGGUAACGGCGAGAGAAUCUGCUUCAAUGUGGGCCGUGAGCUUUACUUUUACAUUUAUAAAGGCGUCCGAAAGGCUGCUGACCUGAGCAAACCCAUAGACAAGAGGAUAUACAAGGGAACGCUUCCCACGUGUCACGACUCCAAUCCUCUCUCAGCCACGGCCGACAGCGUCUCUCUGCUGGUGGGCUUCUCUGCAGGACAGGUUCAGCUCAUUGACCCCAUCAAAAAAGAAACCAGCAAACUUUUCAACGAAGAUAGACUUAUCGACAAGUCACCGGUGUCGUGUCUGAAGUGGGUCCCCGGCUCGGAGAAUCUGUUUCUGGUGGCUCACGCCAGUGGCUGCAUGUAUCUCUACAAUGUGGAGCACACGUGCGGCACGACUCCGCCUCACUAUCAGCUCCUGAAGCAAGGAGAAAACUACGCCGUGCACACCAGCAAGAGCAAAACUGCUCGCAAUCCUCUACUCCGCUGGACGGUCGGCGAGGGUGCCGUCAACGAGUUCGCCUUCUCCCCCGAUGGCAAGUUUCUGGCCUGCGCCUGUCAGGACGGUUUCCUGCGCGUGUUCUGUUUCGACGCCGCCGAGCUCCACGGCACCAUGAAGAGUUACUUCGGCGGACUGCUGUGCGUGUGCUGGAGCCCCGACGGGCGUUACGUGGUGACGGGCGGCGAGGACGACCUGGUGACGGUGUGGUCGUUCGCCGACUGCAGGGUAAUCGCGCGCGGCCGCGGGCACAAGUCGUGGGUGAGCGUGGUGGCGUUCGAUCACUGCAUCACCAGCGUGCAGGACGGCCAAGCGCCGGCGGAGUUCAGCGGCAGCGACGAAGACUUCCAGGAGCAGCUUCAGUCAAACGGAAGCCGAGAGCGGGCCGACAGCGCCCAGUCCAGGCUGUCCAAGAGGAACUCUACGGACGGACGACCAGUCAGCGUCACGUACCGCUUCGGCUCAGUGGGUCAGGACACCCAGCUGUGCUUGUGGGACCUCACGGAAGAAAUUCUGUUUCCUCUGUCUAGAACUAGAACGCUUACCAACGCGAUGAACGCGUCAGGUUCCUGCGGAGAUGCGGCUGCUCUCGGUACCAACGGCAACAACAGCGUGAGCAGCAGCGGACCCUCCAACUCUUUAUCGCCCCCUUUGCCCCGCUCUAACAGUUUGCCCCAUUCCUCGCCAACAGGGGGCAGCAGUCCCAACAACCACAAGCCCACCAGCAUCAUGGACAGCGCUUUGAUCGCCACCGGGGUCAGUAAAUUCGCCACGCUGGCUCUCCACGAGGUGCGUAAGGAGCGACAUCCCGACAAGGACCACAAGCGCAAUCACAGCAUGAGCUACGUCGGCAACAAGAGCAGCGACAAACUCAGCCAGCUGAUCGGCACACGCGCCGCCAAAGCCGACGUCGCCAAGACGCUGGGAACGGCCUUGUGUCCUCGCAUGGAGGAAAUACCUCUACUGGAAGCACUGGUGUGUAAGAAAAUCGCCCACGAGCGUCUCACUGUGUUGAUCUUCCUGGACGACUGUCUGGUCACGGCCUGUCAGGAGGGCUUUGUCUGCACGUGGGCACGGCCUGGAAAAGUGGGCCUUUUAACGUCUCAAAACUGCACAAACUCUCCCAGCGGGACGGUGGUGUAGCUGCUGUGAUAGAGAGACGCAUCACACUGACUGUCACGUCACACAUCAGGGGUCAAAGGUGAAACUUGUCAAGAUCGUUUCACCCCACGAAUCUGAAGAACGAAUGAAGUCUGUUAUGUGCAGUUUUAUGAGCUACCUUACCACAAUGAUUACUUUCAAGAAAAAGGUCUGAAAGACCGAAAAAUAAGCUUCGUUUCCAUAAGCAAAAUAUGAUGUCUUUAUUUUGAGGCGAAAUGUGACCCAGAUGUGGUCUUGACAGGUUUUAUAAGAAUCAUCAGUGACGAUGUGUUGCCUUGAACCGGCGUUCUGUUCCGUAUUUACAUUCAUACUUCCGUGAUUAUUGUUUAUUUCACUUUGUUAAAAUGUCACUUUGCUCUCUUAUGUUUUUUGUUUUGUUUUUGUUUGUUUAAACUGCUGUAGUUUGGUUCAUUCAUUCCACCGUACGAUUCUUGUGUUUCGCUGAUCUCAGUCAGAACAGAUGUUGUGGUUUUGCACUGAUGAUGUUGCGACUGGAACAAACACGCGCUGUAAGACACGAAUGCGUGCGUGACGCCUCCUCCAUCAGCGCUGGAUGGUGCAAUUGUGCUUUUGUUCAAGAGUGAAAUGGAGAAUAUUGUUUGCACUAAAUCGUUAGAAGAAAAUGGCUUUAUCAUUGUGGAGUUUUAAAGGACUUCCUGGAAAUGCUGUAAAAGUGUAAGAAGAACUAAAUAUCUUUUUGAACAUUUAUUUUAAUAUUGUUUCUGAUGAAACGUGUGUAAAUAUACAAUAUGUGUAAAUAUUGUAAAUUAAGGAUUUAUGACAGAUUGGAAUAUAAUGAUUAUACAAGAUAGAAACACUUGUAUUUCUAAUACAGAGGAAUUUAUAUAUAUCUAUCUAUAUAUAUAUCUAUAAAAUUAAAAU